AUGAAAAAGACUUUUUACCGUUGUUCGUGUUUCCUCAAAAGUAAUAUCUAUUUGGAACAAGUCGGCACUCAUGUACAUUACAUAUCGGACGAACAAUUUCGAGCAGACUAUCGACAACUUGCAUCGGCGAAGAAUACCAUAGAGGAUUUGUUAGGGUUAGUACACAAAGAAAUAGAUCGUCGACGCACACUCGAUGCUGAUGCACAGAAACGAAAGGAACAAAUUCGAAGAGAAUAUCAACCACUACAUCCAGACUUGUAUACAUUCCAAAGCAGGUUUUUAUCGGAAAAUUUCAAACAAAUAUGCUCUCAGUUGAAAUCAUCCAAUGAUUCAAUAAAAAAACUUGGCAAUGGACUUUAUUCGAUGCCGGUGUUUACAAAGGAAUUUUGUCGUCAACUAAUUGAAGAAUUAAGACAUUUCGAAGCAUCGUCCAUGCCUAAAGGAAGACCGAAUACAAUGAAUAACUAUGGCGUUCUUUUAGAUGAAUUAGGCUUUACAAAUUUUAUUGAUGAUUUGCGUAAUCAAUAUUUGAAUCCACUCGUUCGAACUCUUUUCGGAGAUGAAUAUAUGGGUGACACUGGUUUAGAUUCUCAUAAAGCAUUUGUUGUUUCAUAUAAAAUCGGACAAGAUGUCGAUCUGGGAUACCACUACGAUAAUGCCGAAGUCACAUUAAAUGUAUCACUCGGAGAAGAUUUUGAAGGUGGUGAUUUGUAUUUUGGUGCGAUGGCUAAAGCUAAUCGAACAGCGUUUUCAAAUUUCAUAUUUGUAGAACAUAGUCCAACGUUUGGUAUUUUACAUCGCGGUCAACAUCUGCACGGUUCUGAACCAAUUAAAUCUGGCGAACGGUACAAUCUUAUCAUCUGGCUACGUUCAUCAUCAAAACGCAAUCAACUCUGUCCCAUGUGUUGGCGAAAAUCUGAUUGUCUCAUACCCGUGGAUUCCGAUAGUUACGGUGAUGGAAUGACUAAUUCAUCGGAGGGCAACUAG